AAGACUUCUGACUGCAUACUUUUUCUGAAUGUGAUUCCAGGUUGUAUUUCUAACAAGUGUGAAGGGGUAGCUGGCAGGUUAAUAUGAGGAAGCACAACAAUCAAAUACCUUCUAUAUUUUUUAAACAAUAGACAUUUACACAAUGGAGCUUUGCUCCAUGUCAUGAGCUGCUUCUGAUGAAAUGUGUUUUCUCUUUAAGAACAACGUAAAGCCAGUUUCCAGUGAAUCACAGCCUGUGAUUGGUGCCCUAGAGAUGGGAACCACAGAAGAGCGAGGAUCUACAGAUGGGCGCAGCAAAGAACGAAGGUCAAAGGUGACAAAUACGGAGAGUCUGGUAUCGGUCAGAAAGGACAAAAUGGAGUUUUCCUUCGGACAGCUAAGGGAUGAAUCCCAGAAAACUGAUUCCCUUCCUCCAGGAAGAUUCAGGAAUCUCUAUUUACCACCACAAGAAGAUGCUGAAAUUCACGCCAGGAGCUUUGUUCAAUGGAACAUGAAACCGCAAGAGCUGACACUUAAUGGUAACUUGGGGGUGACAGGAGACAGCUUUGAGCAGCACUAUGGGUUACCACAGUUUAAAAGACAAUCUCUGCAGGAUUUCUCUGUCACCUCUCCAGCGACACAUAACUUCCUCCAUGACACCUUCCUUCCAGAACACAAUGAUCCUCAGAAAAACUCACCAAGUAAAGACAGCACAGCAUCCAGAGAUAGAGAGAGCAAUCCAAAGAACAAUGGCCAGCAAACUCGAAAGGGGCACCGUGUGGAAGAGAGAAAUCAGAAGAUUCUGAUCAAUUUUUUGAAACAAGACAUAAAACUGGGAGGAAUCGGACCGUCGUACAUCGUCAGCCAAGAGAAGAAAGAACAGUUAAAACAACAGAAGGAGUACGCCAAAAUUAUUCAGGAACACAACAGGAAUAAACCGAUGAAAGCACGUGAAAUGCCAAUUGUACAAGAUGACAACAACAAAGGAAAAAGGCAAAAGAGCCUGGAAUACGCUAAGAGAAUUCCGCGGCCACAGCAAUCCCCCAAAGCAUCCAGCGAGAAGCAGUCUGAUGGCGGUAUGAGACGAGCGAUGAGUUAUGAUACCCUCCUCCCGCACAACAAACUUCUGGAAGAUCUGAAGGCCCGCCAUGAACAGGAGAAGGUGGCAGUGGCCGCUAUCGGUGCGCUCCACAUUAUAUGACCAUGUGUUAUGCAUGUAACCGGGCACUCACACCCGGGCAUCUGUUAGAAGCUUGUAGGGUCAGUGUAAUACACAACUGUGUUAUCAAACUUCUAGGGAAUUAAAAUAUCACUCAUCUAGCAGAUUCCUUAGUGUACAACAUGACCUGUAGGACCCAUACUGGAGAUAAAUCAAGCUUGAAGGUCACAUGGAACCAAGGCUGCUGUUAGGUGGGUAAAGGCAAUAUUGCCAUGCCAGGUUCAGGCCCUAUUGGAUCAGCAGAGGAGUGAGCUUUACCACUAGCAAUGAUGUGGUCAAUUCAUGGCGAGCCUGUCCCCCCCUCCAUGGCCAUUUUUGGUCUACUGUCUGCCCGUCUCUGGUUCCACACAUAGUCCUGUAAACAUUCCAAAACGAAGCCCGAUGCCCCAUCACCAACCCACCAAUAACAUGAGCGUCCAGCUUAUUCUGACCUGUGAUGCUGGAUAACAUGCAAUUUAUUUUGUCCAGUGGCCCUCUUAGGUAGACUACAGGGACCCAUGAUUUCCAAAGGUGGCCCUGUAUGGAGAAUUUUGUAGAAUCUGCUGUACUCCUCAAAGGAGGGUAUUUGGAAAGGAGGGUGUGUCAGCAGGGGCGGACUGACCAUUGAGGCACUCAGGCACUGCCCGAGGGCCCCGUGCCACUAGGGGGCCCCAUCAGGG